AUGCUGAAUAAAGGUUCUGAGUGUAGCUUAAGAGGUGUUGAUGUUUACACUGUACCACCACCACACGUGACCUACCACAACUGGUGCUGCACCACAAGUGGCGUUGCACCACAACUGGUGCUGCACCACAACUGGUGCUGCACCACAACUGGUGCUGCACCACAACUGGUGCACCACAACUGGUGCUGCACCACAACUGGUGCUGCACCACAACUGGUGCUGCACCACAACUGGCGUUGCACCACAACUGGUGCUGCACCACAACUGGUGCUGCACCACAACUGGUGCUGCACCACAACUGGUGCUGCUGCACCACAACUGGCGCUGCACCACAACUGGUGCUGCACCACAACUGGCGCUGCACCACAACUGGUGCUGCACCACAACUGGUGCUGCACCACAACUGGUUGCACCACAACUGGCGUUGCACCACAACUGGCGUUGCACCACAACUGGUGCUGCACCACAACUGGUGCUGCACCACAACUGGUGCUGCACCACAACUGGUGCUGCACCACAACUGGUGCUGCACCACAACUGGCGCUGCACCACAACUGGUGCCGCACCACAACUGGCUCUCCAGAUUGUGAACAUAAUGGCACAAUAAAGGCAACGACCCGAGGUAAAGAACCUGUUUACCGCAGCAAGUCUCCACCAACACUUCCUCCCACACGACCUCUGCCACCCGUCCAGCCUCAGUUGCUUCACAAGGUCACCCGGGACGUCGAAGCAGAUAUAAGACCUGCAGCUUCACCCGUUGUUUUUACUCUCUCACUCUCAGGAUCAGACGCAGCAUCUGCCAGCAACAUCAUGCGUUCUUUAGUGGUGUUAAGUGUGGUGGUGGGGGUCGCCUUCGGUCAAAUAUAUCCUCGGGACACACCAGAGGUUGCAGAGGCACGUCAGCGCUUCAUCGAGGAGUACAACCGCCUGGCGAUACUGGCGGCCGAGGCACCUGACAUCCAUAUCUACCACGAGCAGCCCCGUUCUCAGCUGGUGACUGACACCCUCCCUCGCGAAAGAGUUGACACCCUCCGUGGAGUGGUAACUGAUUCUCGCCGUCAGCAGCAAGCCUUCGCCCCUCGCCCCAUCCAGCCUCCCGUCUUCAACAGCUUCUCCUACACAGUUGACCUCGGCUCGGGCAAGGAGUUCAAUCCAAGCCCCAAUACUUUCCCCACCAUCGUCGGUCACCCCACCACACACCCAAGUUCUACUCCUCAACGUGCAACUCACCGCUUCGCCCCCGUCCGUGCCCCUACCUUCGCCCCCGUCCGUGCCCCUACCUUCGCCCCCGUCCGUGCCCCUACCUUCGCCCCCGUCCGUGCCCCUACCUUUAACCUUAACCGCGCCUCUACCUAUAACCCUGACCCCGCCCCCACGCCGCGCUGGAAGGGACCACUAGCGGACACCGAGCCCGCAGGUAUACACGGCCAGGUGCAGGACACCCACGACGUAGCCACCAUGAAGGCCACCCACUUCCGUGCUGUUGCCGACGCCCUGCAGGCCCAGGGCCAUAACAUUAGAGCAUAAGUGUGGGAACUAUCUGUGGCGCCGUCACCAGGAAGGGGUGGGCUCUCAAUCACCAAAUAGGGAGACACGCGCAGUCACCAGCUGGAGAGGUGUGCACAGUCACCAGAUGGAGAGGCGUGCGCAACACCAGCUGGAGAGGCGUGUGCAGUCACCAGCUGGAGAGGCGUGCGCAGUCACCAGCUGGAGAGGCGUGCGCAGUCACCAGCUGGAGAGGCGUGCGCAGUCACCAGCUGGAGAGGCGUGCGCAGUCACCAGCUGGAGAGGCGUGCGCAGUCACCAGAUGGAGAGGCGUGCGCAGUCACCAGAUGGCGAGGCGUGCGCAGUCACCAGCUGGAGAGGCGUGCGCAGUCACCAACGGGAGAGGCGUGCGCAAUCACCAGCGGGAGAGGCGUGCGCAGUCACCAGAUGAAGACGCAUGCGCAGGCCUUUACACUAUGUAUAAGAUGACCUUGCUGCUGCUCCUGAACUAAUAAUGUAUUUUAAACGUAUAAUAUAUUCACGUGUUUUAUAUAA